AUGAGAGCCUACUGGUACGAUAACAAGCCGGGUGACCAGCGUGAGCCCCAUGACUCUGGGCGUGCCGUCUCCGAGGAUGCCCUUGCCAAAUUGGGUGUUUUCUAUGAACACUGCCCGACCAUUGGACAUGUUGACAAGAUUGCGCUUGACCGCGGCUACAAGAACCGUGACCAAGUUUGCGUCUCACCACAAACUAUGGGAGAUAUAUACGAGGAGAAGGUGAAGUCGUUCUUCUCAGAGCAUCUUCAUGAAGAUGAGGAAAUCCGUUACAUUCUCGACGGCGAGGGAUACUUUGAUGUUCGUGGCCAGGAAGACGAGUGGAUUCGAAUCUGCUUGAACAAGGAUGAUAUGAUUAUCCUGCCGGCUGGCAUCUACCACCGGUUCACAACCAACGCGCAGAACUAUGUCAAGGCUAUGCGCCUCUUCCAGGAUGAGCCCAAAUGGACACCGCUCAACCGUGGUGCUGAGGUCGAUGUGAAUCCUCAUCGCAAGACAUAUGUGGAUACCGUACUACACCCCACUGCGGCGGCGAAUUAG